AUGGCUCCCUCGGGGCCGCAUAUCGCCAGCCAGCUACGGCAGCUGAUAUACUACCAUCUCGAUAAUAACCUGCUUCGAAACGCCCUGUUCCUGGCCGGCCGGCUGCAUGCGUUCGAGCCCAGGUCGUCGGAGGCCGCCUACCUGCUCUCGCACUGUCUGCUGCAGUCCGGACAGCCAAAGUACGCCUGGGAGGUCUGUCGGAAUGCCGGAUCGCGAGGCACACAUCUUGGAUGUGCCUAUGUCUAUGCUCAGGCAUGUCUUGACCUCGGAAACUAUAUGGAGGGAAUCACUGCCUUGGAGCGAAGCAAACCUCAGUGGACAUCGAAGAAUAACUGGAGUGGAACAGAUAAACAUAGUGAAAACAGACGACAACAUCUUCCUGACGCAGCUGCGGUUCUUUGUCUCCAGGGCAAGCUAUGGCAUGCACACAAAGACAUACAUAAAGCUGUCGACUGCUAUGUCGAAGCUCUCAAACUGAACCCUUUCCUGUGGGAUGCUUUCCUUGGGCUUUCUGAAACAGGUGCAAAUGUGAGGGUGCCGAAUAUCUACAAGAUGACACCAGAAAUGGUGGCAAUGCUCACUCCAUCAGCCUCGGAGAGCUCGUUCUCUGAGAAAUCUAUCGCCAAUAGCCAGCCACUACAAGCACAGCCCAGUGCUAAUCACAAUGUUGAUCCCUUUUCGUCGACGAACGGGACUAGCUACGGCAGCUCAGCUCUAUGGGAGAAGCUGAAUGGCAGCAGUGUCAGUGUGGCAUCUGCCGUCCUCCCUGAAGGGCUAGAAACUCCAAUCACACAAAGUGAUUCAGAUGAUUUCCGUGUCCGGACCGGUCCUAAUACAGGAGACACAUACGGAGAGCCACCCUUUGCUCCCGCUCGAAAGUCACGGACAAUGCAAGUUCUAGGCGUUGAAAGCUGUGUAGAUCCGCCACGGCUAAAAUCGAACAGCACUCGAUCCAGGUCGAAACCCAAGUCAGCAUCAGCUGAGGAACCAGUUUCCAGCAAAGAAACUACAUCUUCUCAGCAGAAUGCUUCGGCAAUGGAGCGCAAAAGAACAGUAUCAGGACAUAUAGCUCCUACGAACACAGCACAGCAACCGGUUGAACCCGGUGCGCCCCAGCGACGAAGCGUUCGUUUGUUCAACCAAAUACGGCCGACAAGCAAGUUCUCUACAUCUGCAGCCAGUCUGGGAACUCGUGAAGGACGAGAGAUAAAAAAAGCAAAGUCUACCAGCUCGAAGAGCCGCAGCACCGCCACAGCUGCUCCUCUGGGACGAUCAACAACCUCGUCUCGAAAACACGGAGUCGAAUCAACAGAAACUGACAGCAAGGAAAGCCGGUCGAAUGGAACCUCGUCAGAGUCUCUUAACGGGCCGUCGAGACCUCAAGUGCCGGAUAAGUCCAAGGAGAUUGAUGCUCUUGCAUGGACACUGGAUCUCUUUUCAAGGCUGGCGAGCGGGCACGCGGCACUGUGUAGCUACAGGUGCCAGGAUGCUCUCCAGAUAUACAAUUCUUUACCGCAAAACCAACGGGAAACACCGUGGGUAUUGUCACAGAUUGGUCGGGCGUAUUACGAACAGGCCUUAUACAGUGAUGCUGAAAAAUACUUCUCCAGGGUGCGAACAAUAGCACCAUCACAGUUGGAAGGAAUGGAGGUGUACUCAACGGUGCUCUGGCACCUGAAGAACGAAGUCGAACUGGCAUACCUUGCUCAUGAGCUGAUGGAUACCGAUCGCCUGGCACCCGAAUCCUGGUGCGCAAUUGGAAACUCCUUCUCUCUGCAGUCAGAUCAUGACCAGGCGUUGAAAUGCUUCAGACGAGCAACACAGGUAGAUCCUGCGUUCGCUUACGGCUACACUCUCCAGGGACACGAAUACAUGUCGAACGAGGAAUACGACAAGGCCCAGGAUGCAUACCGCGCCGCCAUCAAAGCCAACCCCAGACACUACAGCGCCUGGUACGGUCUCGGCAAGGUCUACGAGCGAAUGGGCAAACUCAGGUUCGCCGAACAACAUCUCCGCACCGCUUCGAACAUAAAUCCCGCCAAUGUUGUUUUGAUAUGCAGCAUUGGUCUCGUCCUCGAGCGCCAGAAUAAUCUCAAGGCCGCGCUGUUGCAGUACAGUCGAGCCUCGUCACUUUCACCCCACUCCGUGCUGGCUCGAUUACGCAAAGCACGAACGUUACUAAAGCUCAAUGAGGUGAAUCUCGCUCACGUAGAGCUAAAGGUGCUCAAGGAUGUGGCUCCCGACGAGCCAAAUGUGCAUUAUCUGUUGGGCAAGUUAUAUAAAAUGAUACAGGAUAAGGGCAACGCAAUAAAACACUUUACCACCGCCCUGAACUUGGAUCCAAAGGCCGCUCAAUUCAUCAAGGAAGCCAUGGAGUCCCUUGAAAACCCUGAUGACGUUGAUGACGACAUGACAUGA